AUGGACCUGAUCAUUGACACUCCACGCCUCAAGCUCACGCUCCUCACCACCGCACCCCGCUCUUCCCAAGAGUUCGACUGGAUUCAUGAACUCCGAAGCGACAUACAGAGUUCAUGGUGGAGUCUCUACGGUGCCUCCAAAACUCCCGAGGAUACCGAAAAAGCAUUGCAGAAUAUCCUGCCGGUAUCACAUCUAGGAGGUGAGGAGAAAAUAUAUCGCUUCCCUUACGUUGUCCACGAAAUUGCCCAAAAUGAUGAGAGCAACGAGGAGCAAUUCAUCGGCCUGAUCACCCUCCGCACCCUAUCCGCCUUUGAAACGAAGUUUCCUCCACGCGACAAGCACGGUUCGACAUCCACGUCGCUUUCACUCGAACUCGCUUACAUGUUCCUUCCCCAGUUCUGGGGCCGUGGGUAUGCUACGGAAUCCAUUACCGCUAUUCUCCAAAGAUGUGCGCGUGUACCAGCGGCUCACUGGACCCCGUACGACAAGGUUGUUGUGAGGGCGAUUGUAAAUGACGAGAAUGGGGCAAGUCAGAAGGUAAUGGAAAAGUGUGGUAUGGAAGAGCCGGAGGUUGUGGAGUUUGAGGGCGGAAGGUUUUUCAUUGCGGGGAAGUGGAGGACGAGGCAUCGUUUAUGUGUCUAUGGCAGAGAGAUUGUGGUUGGGUGA